UAAAGUGAGUGAACAGUUUUUGACAGCUCAUCAGCUAAAAUGGCGAUUCCAGCGUCUUUUCCAUUGCUACAAAUCUCCAUUGUUGGCUUAAAAUUCUGCGAAUUUGGCGACUAGAAAAAGUUGGUGCUAAAAAAAUAACGCGACAAAAAAAGCAAAAUAUGGAAAACCGCAAUAGCAAAAGAGUGACGAAGGAUCAAAAAUAUAUGCUCGUUCAAUAUUUGGAGGAUCAUAGAGAAUUUGCUCACGACAGAUUCGUCAAUGGCACCGGGAGCAAAAGAUUAGCUGAGCAGUGGAACCACCUCGCCGAAAAAUUAAAUGCUUGCGGAGGAUCUAUAAAAGAUGGUGAAGGAUGGAAGAGAGCGUGGGUAAAUAUGAGGAGCAAAGCCAAACAAAAAUCCCAAGAUUUGAGAAAUGCUAUGGAGCGAAGCGGGGUAAAUUCAUCAAUUAAAGAAAAGCAUCUCAGUAACCUCGACGAGCGCAUCAUUGGCGUGAUGACCACAGUGGCAGUGGUCG